GGCCGGCCCUUGCCCAGGUCUGCUCUAAGCUGAAAAAAAAAAAUGCAGGCAAAGUAACUAUUGAAGACAUGCCCAUUGAUAGAGAGAAUUACAAAGAAAAUAACCAGCAAGAGAGAGAUAUACAUCGAGACAUCGUAGCCGGUAGCACUUCAGGUUCUAUUUUGUUUCCCAGAAUCUUCCACUGUCCUUUGUUCCGGAAGUGCAGUGAGCUGGCAGUCUCUGGGGCAAAGGGCACUCAUCGUAGGGGAUAGAGGAAUAAUGUUUCUGGUCUGACAAUUAGCGCCACCUAGUCAGCGCUUCAUUUUGCUGCUUACGCAUCUUCCAAAAAUAGUAUCAGGUUUUCCCAUUCCGACAUAAACGGUUGAGUGGACAUUACAAUGGUUCGUUGUUUUAACAGAUUGUACACAUGUCCUUAAUAAAGAUAUCUUAAGCAGUAGGCUCAUUGUAUGUCAGUUUGUCCCCAGCUGUUCUCCCUUACAGGAAAAACAAGGAAUAGAAAUGGUCGACUAGAAAUGAAAUUACCAGCAGAAAAUUGAAUGAAAGUCGCUUAUGUCCUGUUUAUACCGCAGCUGUAGGACUCCAUCCACACCGUUUCCUUGGACACAAAUACACCAAAAGAUGAAUAUCGAAAUUGGUAGUGAUGUAGACUAUUCGUCUGCUGAAUCCCAGAGUCAAAUUAGCAGCAUUUGUGAAAGGAGUUUCCAAUGGAAGCUAUAGUUCUAGUGUUUCAGACGAAUGUUUGCCCAAUGCUUUGGGCGUUCAGUACCAGGAGAUGCACACCCCAUCUGUAGAACUCCGAUCACAUGUUGUACGUGGCAAGCUACAAGUCCACCACACGAUGAAUGUCCAAAAUUGUAGUGAUGGCGACAGUUCAUCUGCUGGAUCACGAUUUCAAGUCGACAACAUUUCUGGAAGUAGUUCCGAUGGAAGCUGUAUGCACUGGCGUUUCGGACGGAAGUCAGUCCAAUGUUAAUAACAAGCAGCUUCACGUCGGAGUUCUAGAAAGGUCUAUGCCUUCCUGCUGCAAAGAAUAUGUCGACAUAACAACAAUGAAAAUGCCGAACAGAUGUUCAGUGGAUGGAGCAAGAGUGCUUUCUAAACUUCUCCUUAGCGACGCCAAGACAAGUCGUUAACCAGAGAGCUCGUUGAUGUCGCGGAGAGGACCCAGCAGGCCCUAGCAAAGUUAAACGACGACGACGAGCAGGUCCUCAGCAUGGCUAGCCUGCACCUUAUGGCCGUCUCGGCCAUCUUCACACGCUGCGAGAAACCAGACCUGGAAUUGUGUUCCUCUUUCAUCCUGUCACCCAAAUCAAACAAGAAAGUCGCUAGUGGAUGGAUGAAACAGACAGUCUUCAAGUUCCUGAAGCAGUUCUAUGAUCACUUCAAAGACGAGGUCAAGGAACUUUCGUCUCCUCCUUCUUGGACUGACAUCGUCACUGCAUCUCCAGAACAGGACAAGAGCAGUCGAACAUCGUGUUUCAAAUUGGUCAUGUGCGCCUUUUCAAUUCUGAAUGAGAUGGCAAAACAUGGUUGGACGCCUCUGAGUCUGAAGCUGUUAAAUGCACUAAAGAAAAUGCAUGAGGUGACCGACCUAAAGACAGGAAAGUACAGGAUAAGUCAGGAAAGUAAAACCAUGAUUGAUUUUUUCAUCAUUCGAAGCCUCGUGGUGCUCCUUCAAACCGUUUUUGUUGAAGAUCGAGAGCCGUUCGGGGAUAGUAAAUACGAACAUCAAAAAUGUAUUUCACAAAUAAUAACAGGCGUUAUUCAAAGCUGCAGCGACAACUCCUCCCAGAAGGAACGCCUCCUUCGCGAGGUACGAAGUCUGAUGUUUCACAAAGCCAGCAGCGUGCGCCAGACCUUCAGAAGCCUUUACAGGAACGUGAAGAUGUCCCUCAAAGACCUGGCUAGUGGUCACAUAGAGUACAGCUUGCGAGGAUUAGGUUUCCGGUUGGAUGAAGCAAGGGACAUAAACAGUGAAGGGAGACAAGCUAUAACGGGAACGUGCAGCUGGAAUGUGAGCCCUUGCAAGUUGUGUGAUGUCAAAGCAGACUGUGCCAUGUACCUACCGACUGUCAACUGCAUGGCACAGCAAGAUUACCAUGUUGGUGUGUGCCUGGAUCACCAUCCUAGCCAGCACGGCAAAGAGUCUGCAACACGUUCUGAAAUGCACAAACAGAACUUGACGAUGCUGCAGCGUUUAAGCCCCAUGAGUGACCACAUGUUGAAACUCCUGGCCUAUCAGUACAAACCUUUUCCCUUCUACAUCACCGAGGUUGUUGAGGAGGAGGACCGUCUUCUUUCUUACCUCUGUCUUCACAGGAAAGAGGGUCGCUGGCUGGACACGAAGACAAUAGCGAAGAUCAUGAGUCAAAUCGUGGACAUAGUCACUUUGCUGGAGAAUGAAGGAAUUGUCACACGAGAUCUCACCUGUUAUAACCUGGUGGUGAGGAGGAAUCGUGAAGAACAAGAGGAAAAGUCAAGGUGUCAGGUCCUACAGUCUACUGACAACUAUAUCAUCCAGCUGGCGGAUCUCAGUCUAACUCAUUACUAUCGCAAUAAUGGCGACAUCUGCAUUGUUCGCGACCAUGGACCUAUCCCCGUGAGGUGGACAGCCCCAGAAGCAUUGUUUGACGGCCGUUACUCGCUGAAGUCAAUGGUGUGGCAGAUUGGCUGUGUCAUGUAUGAGAUAGCAACAUACGGCUGUGAACCCUACACCAGUUACAGCAUGACUACAGAGGACAUCCUCAAAAAGAUGAACAAGGAACCGGGCAGCAUCAAGCUUUUCCCAUGGCCUUGCGCCCCAAAAGUUAUUCUUGACAUGGUGGAGAAGUGCACGAGCUGGAACCCCAGCGAAAGGCCGAGCCUGGAGAGUCUGAAAGAAAGCCUGCAGCACAUGGAGGAUGCAGACGGCGCUGGGGAAGAAAUGUCGUUGGAAGAAUCUCUGAUCAUGGAGACUCAGUAUCCGUCACCAAGUAGCAGACAGACACAGCGAGGUCACGUGCCUGAAAAGGGUAUCCCGCCCUCUGUUCAGCAGCUGAUUGCAGCAAGAAAGGACUCGCCCUUGUACCGAAAAACUCGAACUGAGAGUUGGCACAAAGAAUCUUGCACAGCUAUUAGGGAAGAGAGCUUGUCACAGACCAGUGGAUAGACAUCAACAUUAAAGGGGACCACACCAUUGUAAAAGAAAAACUGUCACAGAAAUUUACAAACAGCGAUCUGCGCCUGAUAGAGUCAUCGAAACUUCCAGUAAAAUGCUGGGUGGAUGAUGAGCAAGGAAUGGUCCGCUUGAGCCAGCACGACGGACAACAUGUACACGAACGAGAAUAUCGUGCUUCAACAACUCUCAAAACGGCUGUGAUCAGGGAAGAGUUUUUCAGCUACAACCUGACACCGACAGA